AUGGCCACACACCCUGCAGAUCCAUUUAGUAUAGCGCACCUGGAAGGCUGCAGUGACUCCAUGUACUCCAAUAUCCUGCAGAAUAGUUACAGAGACACCUCCAUAUACUCCAAUAUCCUGCAGAGUGGCUGCAAGGAUUUCUCCUCCUACGUUAACUCCACUCGGCUGCCAAAUUACGCACUUGCUCCUCCAUUCCAGCACAAUUUUUCAACCAAGAGACUUGAACGAAACGAAAUAUCCAAUGAGCUCUGCAGCCAGUCUCGAAACACGGAAAAGAGAUGCGAGGAUCCAGUCCAUGAUAUUCUUGUCCGCAAAACUGAGACGGGCGAGGCGGAUGAUGGCGAGCUUCGUCCGCAUGAUGAGCACAAGACGCGUGACGACGUAGGCGACCGACAAACUUGCGACGAUGACCACGCGAAUCGCGGGGCAUCUCCGACGUCAGACGAUGCCAAGCUGCAAAUACCCAGCAGCCCCGUGUCGACGACGCUGGACGUCGCAGUGGCCAGGACGCGUGGUGCUGGAGGAACUUCGCCCCGGAAGUCCCCUUCUGGACCUUUGGAGGGAGAAGAAAAUGCAAAUGUUCAACAAAAUGAAGCUAGUGAUUACUUGAAUGGCAGGAGGAAACGAGCUAGGAGCAACAGCGGGGAUGAAGAGCUUGACGAAGUAGAUUUUUCGUCUAACAUCGAGUGCCAGCCAAAAGCUUAUAAACGUUCCAAUGGUCCAGACGGUGCCUCCAAGAAGUCUACUUCACUGGAAUCGAACGAAAUCAGGAGAUAUCGAACGGCCUUCUCGAAAGAACAGAUUAGUGCUCUUGAAAAGGAGUUCAAUACAGAAAAUUACGUUUCCAGACCGAGGCGCAGUGACCUUGCUAAAGAAUUGGGUCUUCCUGAGUCCACAAUUAAAGUUUGGUUUCAAAAUAGAAGAAUGAAAGACAAGCGAAUGAAGCAAAAUUUUCCGUGGCCAAUCUUCGAUACCGGUCUCGGCCCUCUCCUUGUUGGACUUUCCAGCCCAUUUUCAUCUCAUCCCUUACCUCAGAUGGCCUUGCAUUCGUUACCAAACCAUAGGCUCCCUCUCUACCCUCUGCCUUCUCCAUUGCCAUACUAUCCACUACCUUCCAACAGCCCCUAUCUUCCGUCACCUCUCAACUCUCCUCUUCCUGCCACUUCAGUGGAUAGCAGAAUUCCGUUAUCUGCCCCAGUCUCCUUAAAGACUCCAGGAUACGAAACAGAGAACUUGCCCUCUGUUCCUUCACAUCGCAGUUUCUACUCUUCACGGAUUCUCCACACACCUACUUCUUCAUUGGAAGGGCAAAACUCAUUGUCUCCGCUGUGUAAGCAUGAAAAUGGCCGCUCGGUCGAAUUCAACAUGUCACCUGUUCAUAAAAGUGGAAGUGAACAGAACGAGACAACGUUGACAGAUGAGGUGCAUCGUCAUUAUAAACAUGUUUUUUUCCGACCGUUCAUUCAAUGAUUAAAAGGAGUACUGCCCUUCCUUUAUUGAUAAUGUUUGCUGUUUAAAAAGUUAAAUGUUGCUGUAUAGACCAAGUGAACAAUUAAUAAUUGAGACAUCGUUACGUUUCGGGAUUCUUUUCGGAGAUUUAAAAUAAUUGGAUUACAAGUUUCCUUGACAUACAAAUGACAAUGAUAAUUUCCGUUGUGUGUAUGAUAUUGGUUUCUAAAACAUUCGAAAGCGCAAUAAAAUCUUUGGCAACUGCAAAACUGGCCAAACUAACGGCAAUCAACCUAAAAAUAAUCAAUCUUUGUUUUGUAAAACUAAAGAGAAAUUACUUUGAGAGUGUUCUAUAGCGCGGUUCAAUUUUUGAAUGUUUACUAAUUCUUCCAAACAUUUUGCUUCUUGCGUUGUGACUUUUACUUAGACAAUUGCAAGCAGUUCAACCAGAUGAAAUUUGACUAACUUUUUUUCGCAUACAAAAAAAUGAGUGUUAAGAAGCCGUCCAAAUUCAAUGUAAUAAUCUCGGUGGGAGGAUGAUUCUUCGCGUGACCGGGCACGCAUGAUUCACCAUGUAGCUGGAAUUUAAAUUUGAGUUGACAAAUUUCGAUAAUCUAAUGAUACUUAACUUGUUGAAAUAAUUAUAUAUUUUAGCUUAGUUUAAAGCAGAUCAUAUUCACACAUUUUGAUCAUCUUCAUUAACAAAUUGAUUUCCGUGUUACAUUGAAAGCUUGGCUCUUACUCAUGGUUCUUGCUAGACCGCUGGAGGUUUCCACGACGUUUGUAUACAUUUAUUUUCCGCACAGAAUAUAGUAACACUCCGAAAUUAGCGUUGUGUCUGCUGAUCCAUUCUCUUUAUAAUCCACGAAUUUUCUGACGUACAAAAUCUUUCGAAAAUGUUACAAAGUUUCCAUGCGUACAAUUCCUUAUGUGUCACAAGCAAAAAUUAAACUUCAGUGA